AUGCCAGAACCGAUCUGCAAGAAACAGCCCAUGAUGCUCAUCUCACCGAAUGAAACGCCGGCCACGAGCCGCUCCGCUCCCGAGGGUCCACUCCGGAGGUCAGCUUCGGAGCCUUGUCAAACGAUACUCCCGAUCCGUCGCAAAUCCCUGGAAUUAGUGGCUCCGCUGACCAGGGAGGAGGAGAUUGAUCGAGAGGUGGAGCAGGUUCCGAUUAGACUUGGGAGGAUUGUUGUCAAUAUGCAGGAGCACUAUGCGGCGGAGCUGGAGGCUGAGAGACAAAGAACGGAAGAGUUGGCGAGUCAGAAUGAGGAGAUGAUGAGGAAGAUGGGGGAGAUGGAGAGGAGACUGCAGAUGCAUGUUAUUCUCAUGGAUGGAUUUGUCGGGUUUAUGAGGGAUGUGAAGGAAGGGAAGUUUGCAACUGGUGGAAGUGCAGAACUGGAGAUUGCAAAGGCAUUUGGGGGGGAACAUCUCCAAGAAGUGGGAGGGCUUGUCGCAGAGAAUUACAUGUCAGUUCAACAGGGUGUGGAGCAGCCGGCUACCGAACCCAUGGUAUUUGGCGAUGAAAAUCAGGUUCGAGAAACAGCGGCGGUCAUCCGACACGUGAGCUUUGAUGAAUCGCCGUCAACGCCAGAUCUAGAAGCGCCUCCUGUGAGAAGCACUGGACGACGAGCACCGAAACGCAAGAACCCUCCUGUAAGGCCACAUCGCGAGGUCAAGCGACAAAUAAGGGCAAGUUUGCGAAGUGUCAAACUUCGUAAUACUUCAUCAUGGACUGCCAUUAAUACGAGGAAGUCCCCGUAUGCAGGUGCUGACUUGAGCAAUGGGGAGGAUAAGGACUUCAACUACACCCCGGAGCCUGAGAUUGAAGAGGAUGACGAAGAGGAGGGUGAAGAGCAGGAGGAGGAUGACAGCGACGAUGAGGUGGAAGAUAUCCCAAAUGCCCCGGCAACACCAUCGCCAUCCCUCUCAGACGAAGAUCUCGAAACAACAAAAACACGAUACGCCGCCCCCCGCUCCGUCGCAUACCGCUACGCAAGCGGUCCACCCGGCCGCAAGUUCAAAUAUCGCCGCAUGCCCAAGACCGUCGCUUUAGUAUGGCAAGAAUGGAAACACGGCAGUAACGGAAAUCCAUCGAUUCAAUCACUCGAGGAGAAGUACAGCACGAGAUGGCGAAUGGGAACAUUGCAGGAGCGUAAGUAUGCGAGUAAUUAUGUUGGUGUGAGACAGAAGGUUGUGAGAAAGGUGGAGGAGAUGUGUGAGCAGGAGGGGUUGACGCCGGGAAAGGCUUGUGAGAUGCUGGAUAGGAGGGUUGAUGGGAGGAUGCAGUUGCUGAUGACGGCGUUGAGGAAGGGACAGGAUCCGUUGGUGGUUAUUCCGAGGAGGAUGUGA